AUUUCCUACAUCCAUAUCUAUAUCUGUAUCUAUAUCUAUAUAUAUAUAUAUAGAUAUGUAACUGUAUCUCAGCAUGGAAGCGGUAUAGUUGAGACAGCAAUUGCUGAGAUUUUCUUAGGCAUAAUUAUCUGUUGUUUUUAUUUUUUAUUGUGGGUUUGGUUGUUGCGUAGCAGUUGUAAAUACACUGUACGUACAUACAUAUCUAUCUAGGAUGCGCAGCAUGGCGAGCUCACCCUCGCCGAAAGGCAUCGCCGCCAUUGUCGGCGUUGGAGCCCAGCUCGGCCGUUCCAUCGCCCGUAAAUUCGCUCACGAAGGCUACACCGUCGCCAUCCUCGCCCGCGACCUAGGUAGGUUAUCGAGAUUUGCAGACGAGAUAGCGAGGGAAGAAAAGGCGCAAGUGUUCGCGAUCCGAAUUGACUGCUCGGACUCGCGGAGCAUAAAGGAUGCGUUCGAGGGGGUUCUCUCUUUGGGUUUCGUCGAAGUUUUAGUCUACAACGCCUACCACCCAGUAUCGUGGACCCCCACCAGCUUCACUGGCAUCCGCCUCGACCAUUUCGAGAAAUCACUCGCCGUUUCCUCCGUCGGCGCCUUCCACUGCGCACAACAGGUGUUGCCUGGAAUGGUGGAUAGAGGGAGAGGGACGAUUCUUUUAACGGGUUGCUCAGCCUCGCUCAACGGCAUUGCCGGUUACUCGGAUUUAUGUUGUGGGAAAUUUGCAUUGAGAGCCUUAUCACAAUGCCUGGCUCGAGAGUUCCAGCCACUUGGAGUACACGUGGCUCAUGUCAUCAUCGACGGCAUCGUCGGCCCCCCUAGGGGCAGCAGUAUGCCGUCAACUUCGCACCACAGAUCGUCGACGUCUUCUGUUGGUGAACAACAACACAGUGGAGGAGGGGACGGUUACAUGGACCCUGAUGUUCUGGCUCAAACAUACUGGCAAUUGCAUGUUCAGGACAGAUCAACCUGGACCCAAGAGAUGGAUCUCCGCCCUGGCGGCCCCAGGCUCUUGUGAGACAAUGCAUCUCCAAAGUUGUUAGUUGUUACCAUUCUUCAUCAGUCUAGUUGAUUGCUUAUCAGAUUAAGUUAUCACAAUAUGUUUACACAAGUUAAAGUAACCAUGUCAUGUGAUAUUUCAUGUUAGUUCAAAUUUCUUGAAUGCUGGUGUGGACUCUCCGUACUAGCGUUUUCAAUGCUUUGACUAGUGUAUGUCGUAUGAUUGUGAAGUCUAGAAAAUUGAUUAGUUGUGGCCUUGCUAAGUGUGUGUAAUUUUCUCGAAUCUAAUAAAGGUGGUAUGAUAUUAUCAUCUCA